AUGCAGGCCGCUGAUCAAAGAGCUACUGAACGUUCUGAUGCAAAGAAUGCUUUGGAAGAAUAUUGUUUUAGAAUGCAGCAUACUUUUGAAAAUACAAAAGCAUGUGAAGGUAAAGUGACAGAAGACGUGCGACUUUCUUGCCUUAAUGAAUGUUCUGAAGUAUUGGAAUGGCUUGAUAUGAAUUCUACUGAAUUACAGAAAAAGCAAAUUGAAUGCCGGCAUUCUGAACUUGAAAAGUAUUGUAAACCAGCUCUUAGUAAAUUAUUUGCUGUAUCUGAAGCGAAGAAAGAAAAACAAGCUGAUGUGUCAAAACAAGAAAAUAGUAAUCAGAAUGGAAAGGAUCAGCCAAAUCAAGAUAUUGAAGCAAAAUGUGAGGAUGAGAAUGUUGGUAAUAAGACAAUGGAUUCAUCCAACCCAAAACCUGAAUGUAAUGAUGCUGAAAUGGAUUAA